GCGCGAUCGGGGCCUGGCGAGCAGAGGCAGGAUGCUGGCGCUCUUCACCAAGCUUCUGGACUGGUUCCGGGCCCUCUUCUGGAAGGAGGAGAUGGAGCUCACCCUGGUGGGGCUGCAGUACUCGGGCAAGACCACCUUCGUCAACGUGAUCGCGUCGGGGCAGUUCAAUGAAGAUAUGAUCCCGACAGUGGGCUUCAACAUGAGGAAGAUCACCAAGGGAAAUGUUACUAUAAAGCUCUGGGACAUCGGGGGCCAACCUCGUUUCCGGAGCAUGUGGGAGCGAUACUGCCGUGGAGUCAGCGCCAUUGUAUACAUGGUGGAUGCCGCAGACCAGGAGAAGAUUGAAGCUUCCAAGAAUGAACUUCACAACCUGCUUGAUAAGCCACAGCUCCAGGGCAUCCCUGUCCUAGUUCUUGGGAACAAGCGAGAUCUCCCUGGCGCCCUGGACGAGAAGGAGCUCAUUGAGAAGAUGAACUUAUCUGCCAUCCAGGACCGAGAGAUCUGUUGCUAUUCAAUCUCUUGCAAAGAAAAGGACAACAUCGACAUCACCCUACAGUGGCUUAUUCAGCAUUCAAAGUCGCGGCGAAGCUGAGAGCCCUCCAGCCACAUCUCGGAUCGGGAAGAUGCCAUUGUAAAAGCCCAAGCGCACCUCCUCCUUCCUCUUAACCCUUCCUGCUCUU